UCUUUCGAAAAGUCAUUUCAAAAUUGUGUAAAUGGGAGCUCUGGCUCUUCCCCUCGCCCUCCUGCUGCUGUGCGCGUUUCAGGUCUGCUCCGCAUCUGAAGGCAAAUGCUGUGCCAACCAUGUGGCGCCAUGGAACUUCAGCUUAGACUUUGUUCCGCACAUACUGCAUGCCCUGGAGCAGUACCGGCCAUGCAGCAGCCAGCCAAGCGAUCCAGACUGUGAAUGCCAUGCGCUGACCAUCCGAAGGGACUUGGGGCCAUAUGCGGAAGCUGGGAUAACGCGCGCUAUGAUUUCACAGUCACGACGUUUGGGGGUUGUGUACAAAGUUAUUGAUGGACGUAUCUAUCGCCAGCCGGAGGUCCCGCAUCCGAAACGCUGUGCCGAUGUCGAGGACAUGCUGCUGGGCAUCGCCGUAGAGCUGCCGAACGUAGAGUUUAUCCUGAAUGUAUGCGACUGGCCGCAGGUGCCAUUUUUGUCGGGUUUCACGGGACCCGUCUUCUCGCACUCGGUCUCCCAUCAGCAUCUGGAUAUUAUGUGUCCCGCCUGGUCCUUUUCGAGUGUCUCGGGUCCGCCAUUGCAGAGAUUUCCCCAUGGCAUCGGUCAGUGGGGCCACAUGCGCCGGCACAUGGCAGCGGCGGCAGCACAAGUUUCCUGGGAGCACAAGCAGCCCAUCGGUUUCUUUCGCGGCACGCGUUCGUCCACCGAACGCGAUACUCUUGUGCGGUUGUCAGGGCGAUCCCCCGACCUGGUCGAUGCCCAAUACACGUCAAAUGUGGGCGCUGAAACAGUCGACGAGGUGCCGUUCUCCGGCCACUGCCAAUACAAAUAUUUGUUCAACUUUGGCGGCAUCACCGCCAGCUUUCGGCUGCGCCACAUUUUGCUCUGCAAAUCGCUUGUUCUCCAUGUGGGCGACCAGUGGCAGGAGUUUUUCUAUUCCUCGCUAAAGCCAUGGGUGCACUACGUCCCUGUGCCCAGUAAUGCCACAGUGGAGAGCUUGGAGCAGCUGCUUGUGGACCUGCGCCUGCACGACGACCUGGCAGAAGAAAUAGCCGAGCGGGGAUUUCAGUUUGUGUGGCAACAUUUGCGCCUGCAGGAUGUCCAGUGCUAUUGGCGCAACCUGCUGCAGGAAUAUGCCAAGCUGCUGAAAUAUCGAGUGGAGCAGGAGCCGGGGUUCAUCGAAGUGCGAAAGCAGACGAAAGCUCUGCAAAAAUUUGAAUUUCCCGGUCUGUGCCAGUGUGACCCUCUCUUGUCUGGUCAAUUGUUACGUCACGAGCAAACAGCUGUUUCUUGAGAUUGCCUCGAUUUUCUGCGUUUUCCGAGCUUCGCGCGGGUUCCUAUCAUGACAGCACAGUUGAAUCCCUUUCGAAAUGCUUUCCGGCUGCCAACGAAGCAGCGAAUCAACUGGUUCCCCGGCCACAUGAACAAGGGCAUGCGCCAGAUCCAACAGAAGCUACGAAAUGUCGAUUGCAUUGUGGAAAUACACGACUCGCGCAUACCGCUGGCCGGUCGAAACUCUCAGUUCUUUGACACGAUAACCGGUAGGCAGCGGCGUAAAGCCGCAUAUACUUGUCCUGAAUAAGGUUGAUCUUCUGGGCCCCAAACAGCAGCGCAGCGUGCUCGAACAGCUCCGCAAGCAGCAGCCGGAACUGAAGAAUAUUUUGUUUACCAAC